GAAUUAAGAAGUUGCUUGGAGAAAAUCAAUAUUGGUUAUUUUUUGUGCAGUUUGUUUCUUGGGGUUGGAUAACUACCAGACAAUGACAACUUAUGCAGAUAAAGGUGCAAAGCCAAUCAAAGGACAGUUCCAGAAUUUCGAUCACAUAACAUUCUGGGUUGGAAAUGCUAAACAGGCUGCAAGCUACUAUGUUACUCGACUUGGCUUUCAACCAGUCGCUUUCAAAGGUCUACAAACUGGAAGUCGACAGUUUGCAGUACAUGUUGUAAAGCAAAACCAGAUUGUGUUUGCAUUUGUCUCCUCUUAUCAACCAGACGAUUCAGUGUUUGGAGAACAUCUGAUGAAACAUGGUGAUGGAGUGAAGGACAUUGCGUUUGCUGUCAAAGAUCUCGAUGCCAUUGUUCAGGUGGCAAAAGAUAAAGGAGCAGUUGUAGUGAAAGAUAUUUGGGAAGAAUCCGACGAGAAUGGAGUUGUGAGAAUGGCAGUACUGAAAACUUUUGGGGAUACUACUCACACACUUAUUGACAGAUCGCAGUACAAAGGAGUAUUCCUACCCGGAUUCAAGGCAACUGAGGCUGAUGCCCUUGGAGAAAAACUACCGCCUGCCUAUUUGAACUUUAUCGAUCACUGUGUUGGAAAUCAACCUGACAACACCAUGGAAAAUGUAGCUGAUUGGUAUGAAAAGAUUCUAGCCUUCCAUAGAUUUUGGUCGAUUGAUGAAAAGCAGGUUUACACAGAGUACUCGGCCCUCAGAUCUGUGGUUAUGACUAAUUGGGAAGAAACUAUUAAGAUACCUAUUAACGAACCCGCUCCAGGAAAAAAGAAGAGCCAGAUUGAAGAGUAUGUGGAGUAUUAUGGAGGACCAGGCGUGCAGCACAUUGCUCUAAACACAUCUGACAUUGUAACUGCUGUGAGAAACCUUCGGUCUCGUGGUGUUGAAUUUCUUAGAACUCCAAGUCAGUACUAUGAACUGUUGAGGAAAAAUCUUGAAAGAGACAACUUCAAAAUAAAGGAAGACUUGGACAUUCUAGAGGUAAAGUGAGAUUAGUUAAUUCUUAAUAUCGGGGCACCGAGCUUCGCUUGUUAUUUUUAUUUAUUGAUAAACAGAACACAAUUAAUUCUCUAAAA